AUGGCCUAUGUCGUUCCUAUCCACGGCGCGAGUGCCAUUCGGCAUGCUGUGAAGCUCAACUUCUUCUCGCAAGAUGAUGAAUGUCUUGUUGUUGCCAAGUCAAAUCGCCUUGAGUAUUACAGGCUGUCACCAGAUGGUCUUACCCUCGCGGCGACUUCUAGGCUGUUUGCUCAAAUUACCAUGCUAGCAAGACUCCCGGCUCCCGCAAAUUCACAUACUGAUCACCUGUUUAUCGGCACCGAUCAAGAUAACUACUUCACCGCAUCGUGGGAUCAUAAAAGUAACCAGAUCUACACAGCACGCAGCUGUGUCAAUAUUGCUGAGCCUUCCUCAAGACCAUCUCACUGCUCACCGCGCUGUCUUGUUGAUCCCACGGGCCGAUUCAUGACACUCGAGAUCUACGAGGGCGUGAUAAUAGUUGUGCCAAUUGUGCAACCGACAAAGAAGCGAGGCCGUGUGUCAACGGCGGCCGGGGCUGAUAAUCCUCCUAAGGUGGGGGAACUCGCCAAACCGACUACAUCACGAAUCGACGAACUGGUCGUCAGAUCCUCCGCUUUCCUACACUCAGAAUCGAACCCCUGGCUAGCACUACUGUACGAGGACAACGCGCAGAAGGUGCGUCUCAGGAUCCGCGAGUUGGAAUUCACUCCUGGAACCUCGUCAGGGUCUCCUCCAGAGGCUAUAUUCAACGAAGUGCAAGACCUUGAAGGGGGACAAUUCGGGCAGGAGCUUGACCUUGGCUCCUCACAUCUCAUUCCGAUUCCCGCGCCGCUUGGUGGUUUAAUUGUGCUCGGUGAGACUACAAUCAAGUACAUUGACGACAAUGCCAAUAAUGUACUCACACGAAAUCUCGGCGAGGCAACCGUCUUCGUUGCCUGGGAAAAGAUUGAUAGCCAACGUUGGCUCCUGGCCGAUGACUACGGACGUCUUUCUUGCCUAUCAUUUAUUUUGAACAAUCAGGGUGAGAUAGAUGACUGGAAACUCGACCAACUGGGCACCACUACUCGCGCGGGGGUCCUGGUCUAUCUCGGUGGUGGUAUGCUGUUCGUGGGGUCAUACCAUGGAGAUUCACAGGUGGUCCGGUUGAAUGAUACAUCCUUUGAGGUCAUCCAGGUCUUGUCCAACAUAGGGCCCAUCCUCGAUUUUACAAUCAUGGAUCUUGGAAACCGCACCAACGAGACCCAAACCCAUGAGUUCUCAUCUGGACAGGCCCGUAUUGUGACUGGAUCUGGCGCAUUCAGCGAUGGUACCCUGCGAAGCGUACGCAGUGGCGUCGGCAUGGAAGAGCUUGGCUUGCUUGGGGAGAUGGAUCAUAUUACAGACCUUUGGGGUCUACAGACCCAAAGACAGACCAGUGGUAAAUCACUGGAUACACUGGUGGUCACUUUCGUGGACGAAACCCGCGUGUUCCGGUUCAGUACCGAAGGCGAAGUGGAGGAAUUAGACCAAUUCCUGGGGCUUUCAUUCACAGAAAACACCCUCCUAGUCGCGCGUCUUUCUGGUGACCGAAUUUUGCAAGUCACUGAAAAGCGAGUACUGGUCGCUGAUCUAGAAAGUGGGAUGGUCACUUUUGAAUGGGAGCCUCAGACCCGUAAACACAAGCUGAUCACGGCUGCCUCCAACAACGACGAGAGCCUCAUCUUGGUUGUCAGUGGUCGCAUCGUCGUGUCUUUUGACCUCCAAGGCAAUGUCAAAUUCGCCACAGAAAAAGACUUCGGUGAUGAUCACCAGAUAUCUGGCCUGACCGUCCCGUCUGAGCCACAUGGAGUCUUCAUUGCCGCAUUUCCACAGUCGGCUCAAGUGUCUGUUCUUGCCAUCGAUGACUUGGCUGAGCUUCACACUAAGUCACUUGGCCCUGCGGGGGAGAGCUUUCCACGAUCGGUUCUAGUGGCCCAGGUACUAGUCAAUUGUCCACCAACCCUCUUUGUCUCUAUGGCAGAUGGAUGUGUUGUGACCUUCUCGCUGAACCCAGAGGACAAGUCGCUCAGUGGGAAUAACAAGCUAGUCCUCGGCUCUGAGCAGCCGAUCUUCAAAAAGCUACCCAAAGGCGAUGGCUUGUACAAUGUGUUCGCCACCUGCGAGAAUCCUAGCCUGAUUUACGGCUCGGAGGGUCGCAUCAUUUAUUCUGCCGUAAACUCCGAAGGCGCAACCCGGAUCUGUCAUUUGGAUGCAGAAGCGUUCCCCGACGCUAUUGCGGUGGCCACCGAGAGGGAGUUGAAGAUUGCGCUGGUUGACAAAGAACACACGACACAAAUCCAAACUUUGCCAAUGGGCUCGACUGUUCGGCGCGUUGCUUAUUCGCCUUCUGAAAAGGCAUUCGGACUUGGCACCAUUGAACGCACAUUCCUCGGUGGCGAUGAGCACGUCAAGAGCCACUUCGUUCUUGCUGAUGAGAUCAUGUUCCAACAGCUUGAUGCCAUCGAACUAGGUGCCAACGAGCUCAUUGAGAGUGUUAUCCGAGCAGAGGUGCCGGCCGGAAAAGAUGAUCAGGGCAAAGCGGCCACCAAAGAUCGAUUCAUCGUCGGCACGGCGUUUACAGAAGGUGAUACGGAUGCUAUGGGCGGACGAAUCCUUGUGUUGGAAGUUGAUCAUGGUCGCAAACUCAGUCAAGUUGCUGAGUUGCGGGUUCGGGGCGCGUGUCGGGCUCUCGCUAUGAUGGGCGAUUGCAUCGUGGCAGCUCUCAUGAAGACUGUUGUUGUCUACAAGAUGAAAACCAACAACGUUGGACCGAUGAAGCUGGAAAAGCUCGCCUCAUACCGAACCUCGACUGCGCCAAUUGAACUCACUGUGGUUGGGAACAUGAUUGCCGUGGCAGACCUGAUGAAGAGCCUGUGCCUGGUCAGAUACAACCAGGGCAAAAAUGGCGAGCCCGAUGCGCUUGUAGAAAUCGGCCGCCACUACCAAACCAUGUGGUCCACAGCCGUUGCUUGUGUCGGGGACGAAACAUUCCUCCUGAGUGAUGCUGAGGGCAAUCUCGUCGUUCUUUCUCGGAACAAAGAAGGCGUUACCGCCCAGGACCAGCAACGUCUGCUUGCGACCAGCGAGAUCUCGCUGGGGCAGAUGGUAAACCGAAUUCGCCCGGUUGAUAUUCCUCAUCUUGCCAGUGUGGCGGUCACUCCGCGCGCCUUCAUGGCAACGGUCGAGGGCUCUAUAUACCUGUUUGCGGUGAUCAAUCCAGACCACCAGGACUUCCUCAUGAGACUCCAAGCCGUGCUUUCUACCAAAGUCAAGUCCCUCGGUGAGCUUUCAUUCGACAAGUUCCGCGGCUUCCGCACCAUGGUCCGUACAGCCGAUGCGCCAUACAGAUUUGUUGAUGGCGAGCUCAUCGAGGAGUUCUUGAACUGCUCGCCCAGCAUGCAACAGGAGAUCGUUGAUGAGGUAGGAUCUGAUGAUGUAGAGGAGGUUAAGCGAAUGAUUGAGGCCCUGCGCCGACUUCACUGA